AUAGAUGGCGCACUAAGAGCCCAAAUCCAGAAAACCGUGAAUUUUGCUGUAGCACCCAUUUGAAACAAAGUCGAUCGUGAGACUUUCAACCAUAUUUCCAAAUAGAUUAUAUGCCAAAGUGUAUUUGGUAAACGUUUGACGGUCUCCGAUGCUUUCGUUUUCAAUACAGACGCCUUGAAAGUUGCAAUUUUGCCCAAAAAUGACCAUUUUGAGCGAUUUUGAGAAAUGAUUUUCUCCAUGGAAACGGGGCAAUUCUGAAGCCUUCUAGUAUACUGCUGAAGUACAACAAGUGUACUAUCAUAGUUAGAUAUGGGCGGGACCGAUGAUUUUUGGUCCCGGUUCCAGUCCCGGUCCCGUGCAGUUGUUUCGGUCCCGUCUCGGUCCCCGUCCCGUAAACUUGUUUCGGUCCCGGUUCCGGUCCCGUGCAGUUGUUUCGGUCCCGGUUCCGGUCCCAGUCCCGUAAAAUUAUUUCGGUUUCGAUCCUGGUUAUUUCGGUUUUUAUGGUCCUGGCUCUUAAACCAAUUACGCCCACACGGAAAUAACACAGUAUUAAUCCCUGAAAAUGCAAGGGUUUUCUAAUCGACAGUUAUCUGUUAUUUGUCCGUUUAUGGAUGAGGUUAUGCCGUUUGUUUCUUCUUCUGAUUACAUAAGCAAAAUAACCGGCGCAUGCCUGGUUACAUAAGAUUGAUCACAUUUAUGGAACGUGAUCAUACACAAGAUUGUUUUUUCUUUCCUUUUCUUACGUUACGUAGCAAUGUUAUUGCAUCCCAAUUUCAAAGAAUGCAGGUAUAUACUUCGUCAAAAGCAUCGCACACUAUUAUUCAGACAUCUUUUUUGACUUUUCUAGUAAUUGUUCUCAGUUGAAAGAUAAAGCAUACGCUUUAUUAAAACAAGAAUUUGAAAGAAGAAAAUCACUUAUUCCAAUUCCGGCAAAAUCACUUAUGAAACCUACCACACCAAAACGAGAGAAAAAAAGUUUGAUAGCCGAUUGUUACGAUACAACGUCAACAGAUCUACAAGAGGAAACUGAAUUAGAUUUGUAUUCGAAGUUGUGUGUCACACUUGAUCCUGACAAAGAUGAUCUACUCGACUUUUGGGCCAAACAAAGACAGAACUAUCCCAUUCUGAGUGCAAUUGCUUGUGAUCUUCUAAUUAUCCCUGCUACCAAUACAACCAUUGAGCACAACCAUAAUCUAUUUGAUGACAUAUAA